GCGCAAAUGAACUUGACUUACACCUUGGCGUCGCGACGCGUUUGAGUCUGAAGCGCCGUAGACCUCAGAGGCGGAGCCGGAAGCGCUAAGCUUUGACCCUCGAGCUGCUUGGAUUUCGAAGGGGGCGACCCCUUUCUUCCUCACCUGCUCCGCCUCCCUUUCUCCCCCGUGACCCGGAGGCCGAAGCCCCUAGGCUGGGCGGGGCGGCGCGGCCCAAGCUUCGGACCCGGAAGAAGCGCCAUCUCCUGCCUUUGCCAUGGAGCCCACCGCGCCGUCCCUCACCGAGGAGGACCUGACUGAAGUAAAAAAGGAUGCUUUAGAAAAUUUGCGUGUAUACCUGUGUGAAAAAAUCAUCGCUGAGAGACAUUUUGAUCAUCUACGUGCAAAAAAAAUACUCAGUAGAGAAGACACUGAAGAAAUUUCUUGCCGAACAUCAAGUAGAAAAAGGGCUGGAAAACUGUUAGACUACUUACAAGAAAACCCCAAAGGACUAGAUACCCUGGUUGAAUCUAUUCGACGAGAAAAAACACAGAACUUCCUGAUACAGAAGAUUACAGAUGAAGUACUGAAACUUAGAAAUAUAAAACUAGAAUAUCUGAAAGGACUAAAAUGUAGCAGCUGUGAGCCUUUUCCAGAUGGAGCUACAAACAAUCUCUCUAGAUCAAAUUCAGAUGAGAGUAAUUUCUCUGAAAAACUGCGAGCAUCCACUGUCAUGUACCAUCCGGAAGGAGAAUCCAGCACAGCCCCCUUUUUUCCUACUGAUUCUUCUCUGAAUUUACCUGUUCUGGAAGUAGGCAGAACUGAAAACACUAUCUUCUCUUCAGCAAUGCUUCCUAGACCUGGGGACCCUGGAGCUCCUCCUUUGCCACCAGAGCUACAGUUAGAAGAAGGAGGAACCUGUGGAAGCUCUAGUGAGAUGUUUCUUCCCUUAAGAUCACGGGCUGUUUCACAGCAAUGACAGUUUUAAUGCCUUUUAAUUUUUUUAAUAAUUACAAAAGAUGUUUUAAAGGAUAUGAAUUGUUUUUAUAAAAUCCCUAUAAUGACAUUAACACAUGACACUUCUAUUUUAAAACAAAUACUGUGCUAAAAAAUAUAAGCAUGUUAUGUAAAUAGAAUUUGUAGACUAAAGGAAGCACACUUUUAGGAUAGCCAAAUGUAAAUCAUGUUGAUCAUGUACUUUUCAGUAUUUUCUACUUUUUGGAUAUUUCAUUGUUCUCAGUGUGUGUUUUAAAAUUUUUAUGUUUUGAGGCUAAUUUUAAUAGGGAACAUUUCUCUGUUGGAAGUUAGCUUCUUAGACUGGGAAUAUUGUUUCUUCUCAGUGCAUUUGUGCUAGAAAUUUUCAGGGCCUAAUAGUCCUUUGCAACCAUUCAGUAAAUUUUCAGGAUUAAGCUGCCGUUCCUGUUCAGAGCCCUUGUGGCGCAGUGGUUAAGAGCUCGGCUGCUAACUGAAAGAUCGGCAGUUCGAAUCCACCAGCACUCCUUGGAAACCCUGUGGGGCGGUUCUACUCUGUCCAGUAGGAUCGCUAUAAGUCGGAAUUGAAUGGACAGCAACAGGUUUCCUUUUCGGAAAUAAAGCCAGUGGCUGACUGGGAAAGCUGCCAGUAUACCGAAAAGAAUCUCUCUCCCACUUUAUUGGGUUUCCAUGAACUCAAUGCUGAAGGAACACCUGAUGGAAUCUGAUCCACUUAAGAUCUUAAUUUGCCAAAAUUUAUUUAUUAACCUUACUAAUACUUUCUUAGAAUUUUUCAUAUUCUUUGCUUUAUCAUUUUAAUUCCUAAAAAAAAAAA